UAGAGCGGCGUGCGCCUGGCGAGACAAAGGCGGCGGACCGGAGAGAGGGAGAAAGAGGUUAGACACAGAGAAAUUGUGAGGUCGUUACAACGAAAUGCAUAGAAAGGGUGCAAAUAGAUAGAUAGGAUGGUAGGAAGCUAAAAGCUUUGGAAAUCUGCAUGAGUUAGACCCAGCGAUUCCCCGGUCCUACUCGUGCGUUUUUGAGCUUUUCUCCAACGCCCCCCAAAUUACCCAGCUAGCCACUGAGCAUCCCUAGCUCAAGACAGAAAAGAAAGAAAGAAACGGAUAGAAGGAAAGGGUCGUGACGAGGAGGAAAAGUGAGUGAAAGCUUCCACUAAACAGAAGCUAGUUUAGGGAAUUGCUGAUAGCCGAUUGCCUUGUUAGCGAUCGAUUCAUUUGUUCAGCUCUUAGCCAGCUAAGUAUGUUAUUCUCAAACAAAGGCGACAACGUGACUAGCUAGCUAACAGGGUUGAGAGGGUUACCAUUAGCAAGCGAGCUAGUUAAAACAUAUCGACUCUUUCUGGUUGACAUUGUUUUCCUUUUUCGCUUGGCGAGGUAACUGAUUGAAAAGACAAAGAAAGCGCUAUUGGUCUUAAGUGGGAACGACUUAGCUUGCUAGCAAGCAAAGAUAGUGGCUUCUAAUUAUGACAGUUAUGGGAGGCAUUUGAAAGCUCUGCAAACUGCAAGAGGACAGGAUGAGAUCAAACAACAAACGGGACGAGGACAGGGAAGAGGGACUGGAAUAAAAAGUGACGGUACAUCAGAGAGGCAGUGUCCCGCAGCACAGGCGGAGCUGGCUAGCUAACUUUGUAUGCCUUUCAUCUGUGUCGGGACAGUGAACGUGUUUUGUGUUAAAACAUUUUUUUUUUGCAGAAAGAGCAGUGCGGGGUGGGGAGGGGAGUUCAGCAACACUGCGUCUCGAGUCUAAUGUUUAAACUCGGGGACUAUGCCUAGCCCCCUGUUUCACCUAGAGAUGAUGGAGCACGAGAUGGUGAACGGACAGCACAAUGGGGUCAGCUUGCCCGGGGAUACGGACGCGGAAUCGCGGGACGAGGAACACCAGGAGGCGCUCCGCUUUGCAUUCGACCAGCUGUCUCUCAUGGCUGUUGAGAAGGGGGACUGUGUUACCGGAGGAGCGCUGGUCGACCCCCUAGACGCCCCGAACUCCAUCUCCGAGACCUGCAAUGGCGUGGGAGGGGGCUACGUUGGCUUGCAAAUGCUCGAGCAUCCCAAUGGCUCUCUCGGAUCCCCGACAUCCUGCUCCCCGUCCCCGGAGUACUACGGCUCGGGGGGAUACCACAUGGCCGGCCCGCACUCGCACUCCUCCAUGCUGGGGGAACCGAACUCGGCGCUCUGCAGUAGGAAGCGGAGCGUCAACAUGACCGAAUGUGUGCCCGUGCCCAGCUCGGAGCAUGUUGCAGAAAUUGUGGGAAGACAAGGCUGUAAGAUCAAGGCCCUGCGGGCGAAGACUAACACCUACAUAAAGACGCCGGUGCGAGGAGAGGACCCGGUGUUCAUCGUGACUGGCCGAAGGGAGGACGUGGAGAUGGCCAAGCGGGAGAUCCUGUCAGCGGCCGAGCACUUCUCCAUGAUCCGGGCGUCCCGCUGCAAGGCCGGGGGCGCGGGGGCGGGGCCGGGGGGCGGCGGAAACCUCCCGGGACCCCCUCACCUGCCGGGGCAGACCACCAUCCAGGUGCGGGUGCCGUACCGGGUGGUGGGGCUGGUGGUGGGACCCAAGGGCGCCACCAUCAAGCGCAUCCAGCAGCAGACGCACACUUACAUCGUGACGCCAAGCCGCGAGAAGGACCCGGUGUUCGAGGUGACGGGCAUGCCGGAGAACGUGGACCGCGCCCGUGAGGAGAUCGAGACGCACAUCACGCUGCGCACCGGCGCCUUCGUCGACCUGCAGGGCGACAACGACUUCCACAGCAACGGCACCGACGUCAGCCUGGAGGGGCUUGGCUCGCUGGGGCUGGGCGGGGCGCUGUGGUCCAGGGGGGGCCACCCGGCCUCGUCCUCAGCCCUCCCCCUCGCCCUGCGCCACUCGGGCCGCAAGAUGGCGCCGGCGUCUUUCCACAAUGGCGGCGUGAGCUCGGAGCCGCAGGAGAGCGGCAGCCCCACCAGCCCCUUCAGCACGGGCAGCGGCGGUGGCGCCGGCUUCUCCUUCAGCGGCGACUCGGCGCCCUGCCUGCCCGCGCCGCCGGCAGACGACCUCGGGUUCGAAUUCAGCAGCCCCAACAUCUGGGGUCCCUUUGUGAACGGCCAGCAGCAGCAGCAGCAGCAACCGCCGCAGCAGCGGCGCAACAGCAGCGUGGUCAGUGGGGGCGUGGCCACGCCCCGCCUGUCGCCCACCCUCCCGUCAGAUCCCGCCCUGGAACACCCGCUGGCCCGCCGCGCUCAGAGCGACCCGCUCAGCGCCCUCUCCUGGCUGCAGGCAGGCAGCGCCUCCUUCUCGGGGGGCAGCGGCGGCAGCAGCAGCAGCGGGGGCAGCACCACGGGCUACUCCUCCUGCUCCGCCUCCUCACUGCCUGGGGGGUCUCCCACCGACUCAGAGGGUGGUGGCAGCGGGGUCGGGGUGAGCGCCGGCGUGCUGAGCCGCUUCAAGGCGGCCGGCCUGGCGGGGGCGCCAGUGGGCGCCAGUAGGGACUGCUACGUGUGCUUCGAGAGCGAGGUGACGGCCGCCCUCGUGCCCUGCGGCCACAACCUCUUCUGCAUGGACUGCGCCGGCCAGAUCUGCCAGUCCUCCGAGCCCGAGUGCCCUGUCUGCCAUACCGUGGCCACGCAGUGCAUCCGCAUCUUCUCAUAAUGCCCCCCCCCCCCCUACCGAAAACCGCAGGAGUGCCCGGGCGGCGAGACCCGGGGAGCAAAGUUUCAAAGACCCGAACUUCAGUUUCCUGUUCUCCGAACGACAGCUGCACUACGCUGACUGUGAAGAAACGGACGGGGAGCCACCGAGCUGUAUUCACGGGAGCGACAGUAAUAACCACAUGAGAGAG